AGAUACUUUCGGUAAUUUCACAUUUCGAUUGUCGAUUUCAUUAUAAGAAUAGUGUCCGCAUGUAAUUUAGUCGAAUUAAUUUAUAAAUAAAUCUCAAAAAGUGUUUAAUCCACCCAAAUAAGACGAUGAAAUAUUUAUUUGUGAUCGUUUUUCUCGUCGGUGCGAGUGUACAAGACAAUAUUAGCAGUAGGACGCCUGAUGGCAGAGAAAAUCUUUACGAGGCCAUUAAAUCAGGCAGAGUAGAUGUAGUCACACUUCUAACCGAUAAUGGUUCAAAUGUGAAUUCAUUUGGUGAAAAAAAUUCUAAAAUAACACCACUGCAAUUGGCUGUUGCUAAUGGCGAAACGGAGGUAUGCAAAAUUCUUAUCGAACAUGGAGCUGAUGUGAAUUAUGUAAAUGAGAAAAAUGUAACUCUACUUCAUAUAGCAACAAUUUUUGAUCGUUUGGAAAUAUGCAAAAUCCUCAUCGCAAAUGGAACAAAUGUGAAUGCUGAAGACAACGAAAAGUUCACACCACUCCAUAUCGCCGCUCAAUACGGCUCAAAUGACACGGUUGAAUAUUUAAUUGCAAACGGAGCAAAUAUAAGCGCUGAAGCUGAAAAUAGGUUUGCACCCAUACAUAUGGCUGCCUGGUCUGGCAAUUUGAAUACUUUUAAAAGUCUGAUUGCACAUGGAGCGGACGCUGAAGCAAAAGCAAUUUGGAAUUUUACACCUUUACAUUUCGCAGCUAUAAUUGGCGAUAAGGAAUUAGUUCAAUAUCUGAUAGCACAAAGAGUUGACGUCAAUGGUAUAGAUAGAAAUAUGAUGAUAACGCCUCUUCAUUUAGCUUAUUUAUGUGGCAAUGAAGAGGUGCAAAGGAUCUUGAUUGAUAAUAAAGCUGAUCAAAAUGCAAAAGACGCAAAGGAUGAAACACCACGUGAAAAGUAUACUGAUAAGAGAAGAGCAGAAAAGGCGAAGCUGGAAUUUAUUGCCAUAGUAAACGAAAGGAAGGAAAUGUUCGAAAACUUAUAGAAAAUACGACGAAGAAUUUAUUGAUUGAUCAACUCUGUCUGUAUCACUGUGUCUCUCUAAUGAUGCAGAAAGUUAGACUUUUCAAUCCUCUUUCAAACGGUAUACAAAGUUUAUCAAUAUCUUUUCAUUUGGCCAAAAUAUUAUCAAUCGAAAAAAAAUGUAUCAGUCUGCCCCCACUUCCACUCUAAAUAAUAAUGAAUAAA